AAACGGAAGCACUAGUAGAGGGAAGCGGGCAGGCGGAACCGCCUUGUAGCUGAAGUGGAGGCGUAUAGGGUGGAAAAUCAAUUUUAAUUAUUAAAUCAUACAUUUUUGAAUAACUAAAUCUAACUAAAGACCAUUUCGCCGUCAUGAUUCUCUUGGAAAUCAACAACCGGAUUAUUGAGGAGACUUUGACUCUGAAAUUCGAUAGUGCCAGCAAUGGAAACAAGCCAGAAGUUGUUGAAGUUACAUUUGCUGAUUUUGAUGGUGUUCUCUAUCACAUCUCUAAUCCUAAUGGAGAUAAAACCAAAGUGAUGGUCAGCAUUUCAUUGAAAUUUUACAAAGAACUACAGGACCAUGGUGCAGAUGAGUUAUUAAAAAGAGUUUAUGGAAAUUAUCUGGUACCACCAGAGUCAGGCUAUAAUGUGUCUCUUCUGUUUGAUCUGGAAAACAUUCCCCCAAAUAAGGAAGAGGUUAUACACCAGGCAGGCAUUCUAAAGCGCAAUUGCUUUGCUUCUGUUUUUGAGAAAUACUUCCGGUUCCAAGAAGAAGGGCGAGAGGGCGAAAAGAGAGCUGUCAUCCAUUACAGAGAUGAUGAGACAAUGUAUGUAGAAGCAAAAAAGGACAGAGUAACUGUAGUUUUCAGUACAGUUUUCAAAGAUGAUGAUGAUGUGGUGAUUGGAAAGGUUUUUAUGCAGGAAUUUAAAGAGGGUCGCCGUGCCAGUCACACAGCUCCUCAAGUCUUAUUUAGUCAUCGAGAACCACCCCUGGAACUUAAGGAUACUGAUGCAGCAGUCGGAGACAACAUAGGUUACAUCACAUUUGUCUUGUUUCCCCGCCAUACCAGUGCAAAUGCAAGAGAUAACACCAUCAACCUUAUUCACACCUUUAGAGACUAUCUGCAUUAUCAUAUAAAGUGCUCCAAGGCAUAUAUUCACACGCGAAUGAGAGCCAAAACCUCAGACUUCCUUAAAGUGCUCAAUAGGGCUCGACCUGAUGCAGAGAAAAAAGAAAUGAAGACUAUCACGGGGAAGACAUUUGCUUCUCGUUAAAAUGACCAUCAAGAUGAGCUGGACCUGAUCUUUCUCAAAGUGCCGGCACAUUGGGCCUUUCAGUAUCCGAUGAAUAUCCCUUCUCCACCGACAGCCAGUACAUUAUUCCAUGUAAUUUGGUACAUUUGUUAUAGAUUUUUUUUUUGCUUUGCAUAGAUAAGAAUACUUAGACCAAACAUAUAUGAAUAAAUUAAAUUUUUUAAUACACAAUGACUUUUUAUGGACAUUCUGCUUUUUUUGACUUGCAAUCUCUGAUUAUCAGCAGUGUUCAAUUACAAAUCCAGUAUUUGCUUCCCCUUUGAUAUAUUUGCCGCUUAUAAAUAAUUAAAUGACUCAAGAUAUUGAAUCAGUGAUGAGUAAUAAAUAAAACAUACUUGGUAAUAA